UUGUUGGAAACACUAAGAGCCUUGGGUCUAGUGCAACAUGUAGACCAGCCGACGCACCAAGACGGGCAUAUUCUCGAUCUCGCUAUAACACGUAUGUCCGAGAGUUUAGUCACCGGCGCACCAGUUGUUGAUCAUUUUUUAUCUGAUCACGCUGUAGUACGAUUUCGUCUAGGUCUACCUAGACCUGGUCUUCUCGUCAAUACCAUCAACUACCGGAAGCUUAAGUCUAUUGAUUUGGAGCAGCUGAAAGCUGAAAUGCUGCAAUCCCCCCUGUGCACUAAAGACUCGCCAUCAACUGCGAAUGAGCUUGAUAUAUAUGUAAAAGAGUAUAACAACACCCUUGCAAAAUUACUAAACCGACAUGCACCCAAUAAGACACGGACUCGGGUUACUCGCCCAGUGGUGCCCUGGUACAAUGAUGAGAUCGAUCAAGCUAAGCGUGCUCGCAGGAAAGCGGAGAGGAAAUGGAGGAAGUCUAAACUGCCUAGCGACCUCGCUGAUUUCAAAAAGAAAAGAAAUCACGUCACCAAUGCAAUGAACAAAGCGACAGACGAGUACUACACUCAAUUCGUCGCUGAGAAUAGCUCCGACCAGAAAAAGCUCUUCGAUGCUGCAAGCAAGCUUCUGGGUGGGAAUACAGGACUUCGCUUUCCUGAGCAUGCUAAUAAGACCGUACUAGCGAAUGAUAUUGGGAGAUACUUUGUACGCAAGAUAAAUACCAUCCGAGCUGACAUAGACGCUACUAGUCUGUCCUCACAAGACGUGGAGCUCGUCCCCCCGGACAGGCCAUGGUCAAGCGAAAACAGAACACUCACCCAUUUUAACACCUUGAGUGAAUCUGAUGUGAACGACUUGAUGAGCGGGUCAGCGAAGAAAACGUGUAUUCUUGAUCCUAUGCCGAUUUGUCUGGUCUACGACUCUCUUGAAGUUCUUCUCCCUGCCAUAACUAAUAUGGUAAACUCAUCUCUGUCUACUGGUCAUUUCCCUGCUGACUGGAAGGAAGCCGCUGUAACUCCCUUACUUAAAAAAGGUACUAAGGACACCGGAAAUAACAAUGUACGUCCAGUCAGUAAUUUGCAGUUUACUUCCAAGAUCACGGAGAGGGCGGUAUUUAAUCAACUUUACGCCCACGUCACGGAAAAUGUUCUCCUACCUGAGCUACAAUCGGCUUAUAGGAAAUCGUACAGCACGGAGACAACUCUUUUAUAGAUUGCAAAUGACAUGAUGAUCAACAUGAACAGCCAGCACGUGACCCUUUUGGUGCUGCUAGAUUUGAGCGCGGCAUUCGACACUAUCGAUCACUGCAUACUUCUCCAACGCCUUAACACAUCAUUUGGCGUUGCUGGCGAUGCUCUAAGAUGGCUAACAUCAUAUCUGACUGAUCGGGCACAACGUUUUGUUGUUGAUGGAAAACAGUCUGACAGAUGCAGUUUAUCAUUUGGUGUACCUCUAGGAUCCUGCCUCGGUCCUCUCCUCUUCUCCAUUUAUGCAAGCAAGUUGUUUGAGGUCAUCAAAUUCCAUCUGCCUCACGCACAUGCAUACGCUGACGACACCCAGCCGUACCUCUCAUUCAAAGCUGACAGCUCUGUCGGUGAGACAGAGGCCAGGUGUGCCAUGGAGCGAUGCAUCAGGGCGGUGAGGUCGUGGAUGGUCGCGGACAAGCUCAAGAUCAACGAGGACAAGACUGAGUUCAUGCUCAUUGGAACGCGCCAGCAGCUGGAAAAAGUAGGGACUAACAGUCUUCUAGUAGCCGAGACUGCUGUGCCACCUGUAGGCGAAGCUAGAAACCUUGGUUUUUGGUUUGACUGUAAUUUUAAAUUUGAACAACACAUUACCAAGACAUGUCAGUCUGCUUUUUAUUUUAUUUUUAAUAUUAGACGUAUACGUAAAUUUUUAUCCAAAGAUGCAGCUAAGACUCUAGUACAGGCUCUGGUGAUAAGUAGAUUAGACUAUUGUAAUUCGCUUUUAUAUGGCCUUCCUGCAAUACAAAUCAACAGACUUCAGCGCGCUCAAAAUGCAGCAGCAAGAUUAAUAUCGAACACGCCACGCUAAUCUCAUAUUACACCUGUUAUGUUAGAUCUCCACUGGCUACCUGUUAACUUUAGGAUUACUUUUAAAAUAGCUGUUAUUACAAGCAUUACAUGGCAUUGCUCCCGCUUACCUCAGCGACCUAAUAAAGGCUAGGCAGUCGAAUUACAAUCUUAGAUCAACAAAUAGUAAUAUCUUAGAAAGGUCUAGAAUUAGGACAGGAAAAACCACUGGGGACCGUGCCUUCCAGGUUGCGGCCCCAGUGGUAUGGAACUCACUACCACAACACGUUAGGGCAGCGACAUGUAUUUUAACUUUCAAGAAAUUUUUAAAGACUCAUUUAUUUAAUUUGGCAUAUUUUUAGAUAAUAUAUCAUUUUAGUAUAGUUAGUAUAGUAUAGUUAGUAGUUUUAGCUUAGUUUUAUCACAUAUAUAAUUUUUAGUUGUUGUAAAGCGCAUUAGAUCAUAUAGAUAAUGAAUUUUGCGCUAUAUAAAUAAUAAAAUUAUUAUUAUUAUUAU